UUGAUUACGCAGAACAAUCAUUCCGUUUGUUGUGUUCCUUUAACAACCCUAAUUUGAAUGAGUUGCAGGCGAUUAAGGGUGGUGGCUCAAAAACCUUCCAAUGACUCCCAAUGCCCUAGAGAUCAAAAAAAUUCUCCUUCUCUUUCAAGACGGAGUAGGAUUAGGCGGUGGCCUGAACUGGCUCAAGCAUGUCCACGCUCGCCUUAUCCGCCUCAGCCUCGACCAAGACAACUAUCUUCUCAACCUCAUCUUGAAAUCUUGCUUCAAUCAUUCAGCUAACACUGCUCACUACACCCAACUCAUCUUCGACCAAACCCACCAACCCAACAUGUAUCUCUACAACACCAUGAUAAGGGGCCUGGUUUCCCACGACCACUUCGACCAAUCCAUCGAGUUCUACCAUUUGAUGCGAAAAGAGGGCUUUUUACCCAACCAUUUCACUUUCCCCUUCGUUUUGAAAGCGUGCGGCAGGCUUUCGGAUUACCAGUUGGGUGUGAAGCUCCACACCCUAGUCGUGAAAGCCGGCUUCGUUUGCAACGUGUUUGUUAAGACCGGUUUGGUGUGUUUGUACGCGAAAUGCGGCUACUUGGAAAGUGCCCGCAAAGUGUUUGAUGAAAUACCUGAAAAGAAUGUUGUACCUUGUACUGCGUUGAUUAGUGGGUACAUUGAUGUUGGGCGAUUCGGGGAAGCUGUUGGCGUGUUUGUGGAGUUGUUGGAGAUGGGUUUGAGGCCUGAUAGUUACACAUUUGUUCGGGUUUUAUCUGCAGUUACUCAGUUAGGAGAUUUGGAUACUGGAGAGUGGAUACAUAGGUAUGUAGUAGAUGCCGGUAUGGGGAGGAAUGUGUUUAUAGGGACGGCUUUAGUGGAUAUGUACGCCAAGUUUGGGAACAUGGAUAGAGCUCGUAGUGUUUUUGAGAGGAUGCCGGAGAAGGAUAUAGUUUCUUGGAGUGCCAUGAUUCAAGGCUAUGCGUCAAAUGGACUCCCGAAAGUAGCCCUAGACCAAUUUUACUGCAUGCAAAGAGAGAAUCUAAGACCUGAUCGGUAUACCAUGGUUGGAGUUCUUUCCGCUUGCGCUAAGCUAGGAGCACUAGAAUUAGGUGAUUGGGCGCGUAGCUUAAUGGAGGAAAAUGAGUUUUUGACUAACCCUGUACUAGGCACAGCACUAAUUGACAUGUAUGGAAAAUGUGGGAAGAUGGCUUCAGCUUGGGGAGUCUUCCAAGGAAUGAAGGAUAGAGACAUUGUGGUCUGGAAUGCUGUAAUAUCUAGCCUUGCCAUGAAUGGUCAUGUGAAAUCUGCAUUUUGCCUAUUUGGUCAGCUAGAGAAAUUCGGGAUACAUCCUAACGAGAGUACCUUCCUUGGCCUGCUUUGUGGGUGUACGCAUGCGGGUCUUGUUAGUGAUGGUCGUAAGUAUUUUAAUGGCAUGAAGCAAACCUAUUCUUUGACACCUGCUAUUGAGCAUUAUGGAUGUAUGGCUGAUCUUCUUGGCCGUGCCGGGCUGUUAGAUGAAGCCCAUAAAUUGAUAAAGAGCAUGCCAAUGGAGGCUAAUGCCAUUGUUUGGGGAGCCUUGUUGGGUGGAUGUAGGGUACAUAAGAAUACACAGCUGGCUGAAAUUGUAUUAGAACGGUUGAUUGAGUUGGAACCCUGGAAUGCGAGUAAUUAUGUGCUCUUGUCAAAUAUGUACUCCGUAAAUCUUAGAUGGGGUGAUGCAGAAAAAAUCAGAUCGGAUAUGAUUGAAAGAGGUAUCAGGAAAACUCCUGGUUGCAGUUGGAUUGACGUAGAUGGAGUUGUCAACGAGUUCCUUGUGGGUGACAAGUCUCAUCCCCUAUCAAAUAAGAUAUAUGCAAAACUUGAUGAAUUGAGUAAGGAAUUGAAAGCAGCUGGUUUUGUUCCAACGACAGAAUUCGUGCUCUUUGAUAUUGAAGAAGAGGAGAAGGAACAUUUCCUUGGUUGUCAUAGUGAGAAGCUGGCAAUUGCAUUUGCCCUUAUUUGUACUACCCCAGAUUAUGUAAUUCGAGUUGUGAAAAACCUUCGGGUCUGUGGUGAUUGUCAUGCAGCCAUAAAACUCAUCUCCAAGAUUACAGGUAGAGAGAUAAUAGUUAGGGACAAUAACCGUUUCCAUUCUUUUAUUGACGGGUCAUGCUCAUGUAAUGAUUAUUGGUGAAACAAAAAAACAGAAUUUAACGCUGUUGUGGACGAUUGUGGAACAUGACCUUAUUAACAUGUACUCCCAUGAAAACCAGUGUUACAAUUUCAUGGGAACGGAAACACAUCUGAACCAAUCGUUUCCAAGGAUUCCCUUUCCCUCUUGUCAACUGUUAAGAAGGAAAAGAGUUCAUGUGGCGGGGAUUAACUGAACGGGAAUGCUGAUAUGGAAUCAAACAUUGAAAUAUGAGUUUGGCCUGGCUGAUCCAGCAGUUUGUUGGGAUGAAUGGAUAAUCCUAAAUAUCUGCUUUGAGUUUAUGGACAUUGCUGGUAUUCUUGGCUUCUUGCAUCAGAGCAGAGUGAGUCAAUUGACCCGGUGGUUGUGUAGAUGUAGUUGGUGCAGUGAUUGCAAGUUCAUUUCCUGUAAAGGGGAGGUUCAUAUUCUUUGUAAUGAGCAAGAGGCUAAAGACGUGAUCAAAUCCAGCUUUGUUUCUCCCUCAAGGGCCUCAAUGUAUCAAGACUUCAUUUGUUGCAAAGGUUUUUGGAUUAGAGUUGGCCCUGCUAUUGUUUUAUUUGGAAGUGUUAUGGAGUACUGAUGAUUAAGAUACUUCUUUUCUUGUUGGAACUACCAGGAUGGAUUUUCUUUUCUUCAUGUCCACGUUUUUGUUGUUGGUAUUUAACUGAUGAUAACUUUGAGGUUUUUGAUUAGCGUAUGAUUUUUCGAGUUGCAUGCGCCAACUUACUUGGCAUUCCUCUUCGACAGUGAUGCUGUUCAAGAAACCCUUAUUAACUUCUUGUUUCAAGUAUUCAAGUUAAGGAAUUUGGUUUUCUUUUUAAAAGUAAUCAUGCAGAUGCGCGAUAAUUAUACAUUUUCUGUAGAACCAAACUUUGGAAGAGUUUAGCUAUAUUAGAAUCCAGUAGGGUAAACUUCUCUAUUUUUCAUUUGUUUGCAAUCUUCAAGGAAGCUAUUUAGUUCUUCUACAAUAAUUGUUAACCGUUGACACAUGAGACAAUACUUAAUUAUAAUCUCAUCGAGAAUAAUUUAGCUAUUUAUUUUCGUUGUUUAAGGACAUGGAUAUUUAUAGCAGGUUACGAUCCCGUUGCAUACUCGCGCGUACAUAACAAUUUUAGAAUUGCAAUGUCAUCUUGCAAAAAAGAAACUCAUUGAACACAAAAUGUUAUAAUUUUUUUUUGUCUUCCUAAGAGUUGGGAGUGCGUGGAAGUGUCCACUGAGUUGAGCAAAGUAUCCUACAAGUAACACUGUACAUGCAGUAACCACUGAGUGAAUUAUUGGUAUAGGCGAGUUAAAUAUUGGUAUAGGUGAGUUAAAUAUUGGUAUUGGCACCAUCAAAUGCCUUCAAACUAAGGCUACUAUUAGGUAUCACAACAUAGGCUUGUACUCCUAGAUAUUUGCUUGGAAGGUCAACAGAGAAUGACGAGAGAGUAGGAACCCACGAACUAAAUGAUGGAAUCUAUGGGGGAAGACCUUGGAGUUGGUUGGACACAAGAUAUUAAAAGAAGCAAGAUGGGAUUUGAGAAACGGUUGUGCAAAAAUGUGGAACGCAAUGGCGGGCUGCAUUAGAAGACUAUCUCAAGAAAUCCUUGAUGCAUCAAAAGGGAGAGGCCUCACCUCGAGCAAGACCUGCUGGUGGAUUGACGAGGUCCAAUCUAUAGUGAAAGCUAAAAAGAGAGAGCUUUAAAAGUUAUAGAGGAUAGAAAUGAAGAUAAUUUUAGAAGCCAUAAAAAAACUGCGAGGAGGCUAAGAAAGCCGUGGGAGAAGUUAAGAUGAGAUCAUUUGAGGAUUUCUAUUCUAGACUAGAUACUAGAUAGUAAAGAUUGGAGAAGAAUACUUACAAGUUUACCAAAUGGACAGAGAAGAAAAUAAGAGUUUUUUUUUUCAAGUUCAGUGCAUAGAAUAUGAUGAUCAUAGGGAUUAGUAAAUGGUGAUGAGAUUACGGAAAGAUGGAAGAACUACUUUGAACUAUAGGAAUGAGAAUCACGAGGAAAACCUAGGCAAAGAGUAUAUGGGUGCUUCUAGUAAAAGUGAGAGCCAAGAAUACAUGUUUUAUCGUAGAGUACUUAAGUCUGAAGUGGCGAAUGCUGAGAAUGAUGAUGCCAACCAAGGGUUUAGGAUCAAAUGAUCUUCAUCUCGGCUAGUUUUGGGUUUUUUCGGGUGCUGGCCUAUAAUGGGACAGCCAUUCUCUGAUUUGGGAGAUUAGGGUUAGGUUAGGUUUUGAGUUCUUGGGAUGAGUUUUGGGCCUUUGGCCCAUUUUCUGAUUUUAGGUUUUUGGGCUUUGGCCCAUUUUGAUGUAUCCAACCUUUGGUUAGUAUCCCCUUUCCUUUUCCCUUUCCCUAAUAUAUAUAUUUUUAUUUUUAAUAAAAUGUUUUCUUUGCCAAAAAAAAAAAAA